UAUGACAGAAACAUUCUGGGUGGUUGUGAUGUUCAGCUCCUUCUCCAACUCUCCUCUCUGUGGAUUCACACCUGGUCAGAGCAUCGUUUCCUCUGUCCCCUUUGCAUCACAGAGACAACCCACCACAUGCCUGUUUUAAGAGGGCUGGGAUGGACAGUUUGAUCCUGGGGGCUGGCGACACUGAAGUCCUGGUGAGAUGUCCUUGAGUGGUAAUGAGAGCCAGUCUUCUCCGUCGACGACAGCUCUGCCUCUGCCCUUCAACAGCUCCACCUCUCCACGUUCCCUACCAUGGGAGGAGGGAAGGACUACUUACGAGUCUGUGCAGGAGUGGUUGGGGAAUAACACCCAGCUCCUCUCAGACCUCGCUGUUCUCGGUCACGAUGAGCAGUGCCCCAUGUCUUCUGUUCUCACAGCGUGCCUAGUCGUCUGGUACAGCAUGACAAUGGUGCUGGGGCUGGUGGGGAACAUCGGCCUCAUCUGCAUCAUCGCCCGUCGCAGGGAAAAAGUCAAUGUCACCGGCAUUUUCAUCUGCAACCUGUCGUUCUCUGACAUCCUGGUGUGUGUCUUCUGCCUCCCCUUCACUGUCAUAUACACGCUAAUGGACCAUUGGGUGUUUGGGUCGCUGUUGUGCCGGCUGGUGCCGUUCAUCCAGUGUGUGUCUGUGACUGUGUCUGUGCUGUCUCUGGUGUUUAUCGCUAUGGAAAGACAUCAGCUCAUCAUUAACCCCGCUGGAUGGAAACCAAGCAUUCCUCAGGCCUACGUGGUGGUCGUUCUCAUCUGGAUUCUGGCCUGCUUCACCUCCUCACCUUUCUUGGCCUUUCAGCUCCUCACAAGUGAGCCCUACGCCAAUGUACUCCUGCCCCAGUCUGCACUCUAUCACCAAGCCUCUCCUCAGGCUUAUCUCAAUGUAUCUCCAUCUCAACCUGUCUCCUACACAUACAAAAACUCAUCUCAUCCAAAUUCAUACCGCACCCUCUUCUCUUAUGUCCCCACCUCUCCACAUAUGGAGGCCUGUCUAGAGCAAUGGCCAUCCCAGCAGCACAGGCUCGCUUUCACCACGUGGCUCCUGCUGUUCCAGUACUGCGGUCCACUAAUGUUGGUCCUGCUCUGUUAUGUUAGAGUUUUUGUGCGCCUUCGCCACCGAAAAGACAUGCUGGACCGGGCCAGGACCCCGGAGAGCCAACGCAUGGCCCACAGCCGCCGCAUUAACAUCAUGCUGGUCGCCCUCAUAACAGCCUUCGCUCUCUGCUGGCUGCCACUCACCAUUUUCAACGUGGUGUCAGACUGGAACCAGGAGGCUUUGCCCAUUUGCCACCACAACCUGCUGUUCUCCCUCUGCCACCUGCUGGCCAUGUCCUCCACUUGCAUCAACCCCAUCAUCUACGGCUUCCUCAACUCCAACUUUCGGCAGGAGGUGAGAGAGGUGCUCCUGCACUGCCGCUGUAGCUCACUAGAGGAAGAGUGUGAGCAUUUCCCCAUGUCCACUGUGCACAUGGAAGUGUCCCACAUCUCCGUGCCUGUCAGCUGCAGGAGCGACUCUGUUUGACUUUAUAUAUAUAUAUAUACACAACCUGAAGGAUACUGCUGUAGUAGGAUAUAGUCACAUAAACUGUACAGUUGUAGGACUUACUUCUGCUGUUUGUUCUACCUUUAAUGACAAUAGUUUUGGCAGUGCUUUAAAGUGCAACAUUUUUGUCAGUGGUUUGAAGUGACGUGUGCAGUAACCUACAAUGUUGGUUUAUCUUAUUCUGCAGUAGAAGAAGUAAGGAGCGCAUUGAUGUAAAAAAAAAAAACUGUUUCAAAAGAAUGUAUCAUUUCCAACUAAUCGGUUGCUGCGUCCCAAUUAGAUGCUUCAUACUACUUGUAUACAGUAUACCGCUUUUUUUUUGCAGUAAGUAUACAAGAAAAUCAACAUAUUUGACCAUUUUAUACUAACAGGAACUGAUCAAACGUGUGUGCCCCGUUGGACGUCAAUUAAACUGUGACUUUAGAGAGCUGCUGACCCACCACAAUCAUCAAAACACCAACAAAAGGGAUAAAGGUGUUCAUCCCCUCCAUUCCUCAGAGGCCGAAGCUGUCCUCGAGGCUUGUGGUGGACCAAAAAACUAUUAAGAGACUUUCCUAUAUGUUGGUUUUUGUAAAGUGCUGCUGUUGUAUUUCUUACAUUUUAUUACUUAUUUUGUAUUGAUGGCAUUUGUGCUGUGAAAUAGAUGUUUGAGCUUCUACAGUGAAGAAAAACACAAGGUGCAAUUUUUGUGAUUAAUGUGACUCAUAGAUUUAAAAUGUAAUAGUUUAUAAUAUCGUUAAAUUAUUAAUUUGAUUUAGAUAAGUUAAAUAAAUAUACAAAUAACAUAAAAUGGGUUUACACUUGGCUUUCAAUGUAUAUGAAAUUGUGUACUAUUUUGGCACAGGGAAGGAUGGAUAUGGAGAAGCUCUCAAAUAUCUUCCAUGACCUGUAUAUAUAAAGAUUACAUACCAUUGUC